AUCCAUCCUGAUAAACAAAACAAAAAACAACUACCAAAAUUAGUUUUCUCCAUAAAAUGGCAUGGUAUAGAAGAUUUAAACUAGGGUUUGAUAUGAUAAAUUGUCGUUCCAAAGUCACCUUCCCCAAACCAGUAGUUGCCAUCACCAAUUACCCCAUCAACCAAUCAAGUAAGUUUACAUUUACUUCACAUUUUCAACCAGUAAGCGUUACCAAAGUUACGUCGCAAUUAAGGAGUUCGCGUGUUGGAUGCUUUGGGUAUAGAUGUUACCAUGUUGAUUCAAGACCGGUUAGAAAGUCUAAGCUACCAAACAUUUCAAGACUAUUUGUAUUGGUAGGAUUAGCUGGAAUUUGGGUAAUUGGGAAUGCUAAGACGAUAUGGUUCAUAGUAUCGGCUAAUGCGGAGAGAGUGAUUGGAGAGUGUCAGUUUCAGAUGAUUCAGGCUGAAUUUGAAGGGAAAGUUUUACCGGUCAUGCAUCCGGACCGUGUUCGGGUUGUUAACAUUUUGAAUAAAGUAAUUAAAGUAUUAACAGUGUUGAAAUAUGCUUCAAAUAUUAAGGAACGUAAGGGGCUGAAGUUGUAUGUUUCGUAUCUUGAAAGAUUUAAAUGGGAUGUUUUGGUGGUAGAGGAUGAUGCUGCAUUUGCGUGUUGUUUGCCUGGUGGCAAGAUUGUUGUGUUUAGAGGUUUGUUAGAGCAGUUUACAACAGAUGAUGAAAUUGCUUCCGUUAUUUGUCAUGAGGUUGCGCAUGUCGUGGCAAGGCAUGUACCUAAAAGGCUUACAAAGAACUCCUGGCAUGCAUUCGUGCGGCAAAUUUUUUACAUGGUUGAUAGGCCAGAUCUGGACCCAAGAGCGGUUUUCUUUAUGCUAGACCUUCCUUUCUCGCCAAGGAUGGAGAUUGAAGCUGAUAAGGUAGGGCUGCUGUUAAUGGCUUGUGCAGAAUACAAUCCGCGGGUCGCACCAAAGGUAUUUGAAAAGAUGGGUCAAGUAUCAGCUUUUCAUGAUUACCUUUCUGUCCAUCCAUGGGGAAAGGCUAGAAGGAUAAUGCUAUCUGAGGCUAGUGAAGCAAUCUCCGCAACAACUGAAGGGUCCAUAGCAGGAAGAGAAGUUGAUACUUGAUGUUUUUUUCGUUUAAUAUAUAUUGAAUCAGUUUAUGAUUUCUGGCUUAGCAUAUGUUAAGAAUAUUAAUUAGUUUAAUCCUAACCUAAUGGCCAUACUAGAAAAUUCCCUAUUUUCAGUGAAAAUGUGAGGCAUACAUACUAUCAUGCCUUGUUCUAGUUCAGGCAGAUACCAAGUCAUUUAUGACCUUAUUCGCCAUCAUAGCAGGUUACCAAAUUUUUAUGUACAAUAAAAUUUUUAAUUAGUAGCAGUUUUAGAUGCUUCUGAAACA